AUGUGCCCGAAAAAGCGUUGGGGAUGGACUUUUGUGACAUACCUCUUGGCCUUCGACUCCUUAGGAGAUGUUCGAAACUUUUUAGAUUCGGUGGAUAUUCGGAAACCCAAGGAUGAUGAAAACAAUAAAGGGAUUUGCUCCUCUAUAUUCGACAAACGUACAGACUCGUGGUCUGCAGUUCAGUACUUCCAGUUCUACAGCUACAUUAGUCAACAGCAAAAUAUGAUGCAGGAUUAUAUCCGCACAUCAACUUACCAAAGAGCCAUUCUUGCGAACUCUUCAGCUGAUUUUCGUGGAAAAGUGGUGUUGGAUGUUGGUGCAGGUUCGGGGAUCUUGAGUUUCUUCGCCAUACAAGCAGGUGCGAAAAAGGUUUAUGCAGUCGAAGCCUCGAACAUGGCUUCUCAUUGUAAUAGUUUAGUUCAGGCAAAUAAAUUGGCGGGACGCAUCGUUGUAAUUAGUGGGAAAAUAGAAGAAAUCACAUUACCGGAACCAGUGGAUGUAAUUAUUUCUGAGCCAAUGGGUUAUAUGUUAUACAAUGAACGAAUGUUGGAAUCGUAUGUUCAUGCACGAAAAUUUCUGGCGCCACAUCUUCGACAAUCAUUGAAAAAGAUGCAGGUCAGACAAAAGAGAGAACAACCGAAUGAAGCGGACCAGUCACCAGACACAGUUAAGCACUUGUCUGAUUCGGAGCAAUCCGACGAAGUACUGACGGAUGAAGUGGAUUGUGAAGAUGUUUAUAUAUAUGAUCAGAUGGAAAAUAAGUCGACAAGGUUAUCGAACAGAUCAAUACAUUGUCCUGGAAUAAUGUUUCCGUCUGUGGCUAAAUUGUAUAUCAUUCCAUUCAGUGAUGAAGCUCUGUUUGCCGAACAAUAUGGAAAAGCUAACUUUUGGUAUCAACAGAGUUUUCAUGGCAUGGAUUUAACUGCUUUACGUAACGCCGCAGUCACUGAGUAUUUCAACCAGCCGAUAGUGGAUACAUUUGACAUCGGUAUCUGUCCAGCUUUGCCAUGUGUACACAUGGUUGACUUCCGUACUGUUUCUGAAGCUGAACUAGCCUCUAUCGAUAUUCCUUUGACUUACAAGAUUACUACUUGUUCCACAAUUCAUGGCCUUGCAUUUUGGUUUGAUGUUGGAUUUUUGGGCUCCCAACGAGAUGUUUGGUUAUCGACAGGUCCAACCGAACCACUUACUCACUGGUACCAGGUACGUUGUCUGUUGGGGACACCGUUAUUCGUCCAGGCUGGAGAAACGCUCAAUGGUCGUGUUCUGAUGCAUGCCAAUACUCGACAGUCUUAUGAUGUUCAAAUUGAACUGAUAGUACUGGCAGUCAAACAAAGGUACUUUCGAUUUUUCAUACGUAUCUCUAUCUCAUUGCAUUCCAAAUAAUCUUAUUGGGCGUAUAUAACUAUCCUAAAGUACAUUCGCUAUGAUUCUUAAUGUCGGAUACAGAAGGCCCCUUUUGACAUUUACCAACUCGCAUCACCUAUGGCGUCGACGACAUAUCAGACUAUCUAUCAGAGGACAAGUAUACUGUACUGUGGUCCUUUAUGUCCUGUUCUACUGCUGUGAGACAUAGGCGUUAAAAGUAG